AAGCUUUACUUGAUUUUAUCUGUAAAUAAGGUACAAUUCGUUUAUUUGUCCAUAAAGAGCGCCAUAACUCUUUCAACAUGUAGUUUGUAUGUAAUAACUAAAAACAAAAUGUAUAUUCAGCAUCACACUUAUGUGCAAUUUCAUUUAUUUCAAUAUAAUAUCAGAUGUGGACAUUGCCACAUCGCAGAAUGAUGUGCGAUUCGUGAAUAUUGAAGGCCUCGGGAACAUUCGAAUCAAUGUUCAGCAAUCUGACAACCAGAGCAUUGCCUACAUACGACUGUACAUCAACGAUGCAAUCGAGAACCAAACCAUUAUAAUGGUUGGGCCAUUACAAGUAGAAGUCAUGUCGUGCAACAGUACAUAUUGCGCACAUGAAACAUUUCUGACGACCGGACCCAAUCGCCAUUUAUCGCAAGUGGGUGAGAAUUAUUCCCUAGAACUAAACUCCUCAACAACUAUCCUUCUUCAAAGUGGCCGUUUUACGAAACUUGCAUUGAUGUCGAUAGCUGGGAAUGCAAGCUUCAAAAACGUACCACAAAAAGAUAUUGUCCCACAGUUCGUAAAUAACCCCAAGGAACAAAUAGAAUUUGUCAACGUCAUAUUUCAAUUGACAACGCCGCUGAUCAACCAAUCCGAAGGCUCCCCUCCCACAACAGCGCCCCGUGAUGGGUAUCCCGUUCUGGCGCCAUUGGUGCAAAAAUACAGCAACUCCCUCUCAAAGGCAAUGCCUGGCGCUUCCAAUGAGGAGUGCUUGACGGAUUGUUACUGUCCAUGUGCUUGGGUUGCAGAACCUAAAAACUACACACAGAAUGAAAUUCAAACCAUGGUAGCAGCCAUCCAAGAAAAACUAAAAGUUAGCCUGAAAAACCUCACUUCUACCUAUAGGAAGCUGAAUAGCAUGCCGGACAAUCGACCUUCAGCAAAGGCAGUGGGUGUUGUAGGGAUGAUCUUCCUCGUCCUCACACUUGGCACAAUCUUCGUUGUCGAUAUCGGAAAUAUCAUCCGCGAUCUUAAGACACUUUGCGACAACCUCCGACAGGGAUUUGGAUGUAAGGAAGCUUCACCUAAACCAUCUAGAGUUGCAUCUCCACAUGAUACAGUUGAACAGUCUACUUCCGUGUAGAUUUGAGAGAUUUCAUUUGCGAAAUUACUUUGCUUUGUAAACAAUAUUUUCGAUGAUUGGUAUGUACAAAAUCUGCCACACUACAGAAUUGGGUUACAACUUAUAAUUCUUUGUCGAGUCUAGACUUAUUAUUUGCGAUCUUAAUUAGGUAAACAAUCUGUACAAUGGGAUAGAAGCGCCCUUCUUGUGUUAGUCAAUAUUUUUGUAAUAAGUACCUGGAUUUUUGUGCCUAUCUUCGACAUGGAUAGAAAUAUUAAAAAUAAACCUCUCUACAUUUGGCUACACAAUACAUUUUGGUCUGGAAAGAUUAAAACUGUUGUCGAUAAAAUUUGCAAAUGAUUGGACUAUAGGCAUCGUCGCGUUUUAAGGUUUCGUAUUGCUUUAUACAUGGAAAAUAACAUCAGUUACCUUUUCUGAGAAUAAAUUAUAUUCAACAGUAAUGCAAUUUAAAUUUAUAGUAGAAGUAGUAGUAGUGGUAGUAGUAGUAAUUUAAUCUGCAAUAUAAGACCAAUUUGUGAACAAUCAUCGCCCAUAGAUGUGAGAAAGCACCCAUCCUACUUUGGAAAAAACAAUGUUUUAGCACACAUUUAUCGUUUUAUAUAAGUUAUUUACUGAGGAUUGUCUGUGUUUCUUCGAUUACUUGUAAUAAUAAUAUAAUAAGGCGAACAAAACAAUAUGUACUGGGUUACAACAAUUUCCAUAGCUACGGUCAUAAUUUAUUGAAACAUAACUUAAUUUUAGCAACAGUUCAUGCAUUUAAAAUUUUACAAUUUUCUGCUUAUCUGGAAUAAAGAUUAAAAAGAAAACUUUGAGGGAAAUCAUACAACACACAGGGAAUUCAUCAAAUACUUCGGCGCAAACCCGAAAAAAUAAAGCAGCGAUUGUUUACUAGCCUGACAAAGCAUUGAAAGUGUGUAAAAAUAUGUGAUUUGUUACUAUAUGUAUGACAAAACGUGAUAUUUUAGUAAACAUCUUUGUAUAAACACUGUUUAAAAUUGUGAUUGGUUCAAGUUUUAUAAUAAUCUGUUGUCAUUUAUAGACGUUUAUUUAUAUUAACUCUUCGUGUUGAUGUGAUCGAGACAGUCAGACUUAACGCUUUUGUGCAGUCUUCAAAUCGUAAUGAUUUCAAUUGCGUAUUUGAUUCUUUAUUUCUCUAAAAUGUAUAUUACACAUAUGCGAUGAUAAGCGAAGAAAGCAAAUUAUCCUAUUAUGAUCAGAAAGAACUUACAGGUUUAAAGUAUAUAAACAAAAGUACCAACCUGUCAAAACAUGCAUAAAUUUUUGGUUACGUAUGUGCCCAAAUUUAAAUGGGCGGAGUUAUCGAAUUUUUUUUGGCGGCUGGUUAAGUGGCGUUUUGAUUACGAUAUACCUUAUUUA